UUCUUUCUUAUCCUCACCAUCUUCUUGUAGUAAGGUCAUUUCAAUUCGACCGUUGAUACACAAACUCCUCUUGCUGUCUACUCUAAGACCUCCGUCCUGACCAUCGUUUCACAUCCGUCGUCAUGUCGACCAUGGUCUUUUCCCAAACGGACGAUCCUCAUCGAUACUACGAAGACCCCACCAUUUCUCCCACUUCCGCUCUCUUUCCCGAUCUCUCUGUUCCAUAUGGCGAUACCAACACCAUCUUUUCCCACAAUCUCAACGUAGAGAAUCGACGAUCUUUCUCCGUUGCUAGUGACGGAGCUCCCAUGUCUUUCUUGUCCUCUGAUUCCCGACUUCCUUCAUUAUCACCCUCAUCGGCGCCUUUACCCAUUUCAGCUUCGUCCAACGGUCAAAGCCCCCAUUCUUCUGCUUCACCAAGUAGUAGCUUUUCAUUCGGAGGAGGAGGAGUGGGCGAGUUUUUAUUGGGCAGCAACUUUACAGAAAGCGAAUUAGACAUGUUACUUUAUCCUCAAGGGAAUCAACAGGCAAAGGAUGGGUUAUUUCUACCCGGUCACAGAGCCACGAACAGUGAGGGAACGGAUGAUUUUGUCUUUCCACAGAUGCAAGGUGUAGGACAAGAUAUUGGAAUGUUGAAUUUGAAUGGCUUCACUUUGCCACCUCAACAACCUCAGCUGCAAACUAUCCAACCGUCUUGGGUGCAACAUCUCAAGACGCCAAUGUUCAAACCGAAUUCGUUCCUUACUCCUCAGCAUCAAAUGAAUCCAGCGGAUGACAUGUCUUUCGAUGAGAACCCUCGACCCAUUUCUCUUCGUCGCUCCACUAUCAAACCUCAGAAACAAACGCAGACCUCUGCCACUCAGAAAGCUCCUCCUAUCUCCCGUCGUGUCACCCCACCCAAACCCGUCGAGGCCGAGGCACUACCAGUCGGCAAACAUAACAAGACCGAGCGCCGAUACCGUCAGAAAGUGCAAGCUGCUCAAGCUGAGCUGCGGGACUCUGUACCUGCUUUACGAGUUCUGUACGGUACUUCUAGUGAAGAACAACGUCGGACUACCGACAUUCGCGCUCCCGACGGGAGUGUCGACGGAUUAGGCGAGAUAACCCGUCCCAAUGCCAGUGCAAAAGCAACCAUUUUCAUUGGUGCGAGAAUGUACAUCGAACUACUCCAACAACGUGUGGGAACUCUGCAACGUAAAGUGGAAGAGCUUGAAGAAUACAGGCGCGCUGUUGGAGGUGAAGACGAUUUCCAGAAUUGGAGCAACCAAUUCGAUGCUUUGGAAGCGGAGAGAUUGGCGUCGUUGCAGGUCAAGGCGGAAUCCCCGGACGGAUCAUAUGAUUUCGACGAAGAGGACGAAGAAGAAGAAGAAGAGCCUGCAAAAAAACCAAAGACGACGAAAAGGAAGAGGAACGCGGAAAAUGGUGCGAGGGUUUUUGCAGCGUUCGCAAUGUCUUUUUCUCUCUUGCCUUCUGCUUCGACCGUUUUCAAUCCAACGACAGCAUCACAAAUGGGGGUCAGCAACGAUACAUCGGCCACAACAAGUCAGGUGUUGGCGAGAAUACCGUUGAUCACCGCGGAACAUGCGACUCGUCUUCUUGCACGAGGUCUACCGGUUAGUAUUGUCCCAUCUCCGAGCACCCUUGUCGAUUGGACCUGGAGGUUGUUGGUUGCUAUCGUCGUGUUUGUCUUGGUUGGACCUGUCUUGCGGAGGUUCAGAAAGCAGGAGAUACAGCACGAGGGACAUGAAAGUGGGGUUGGCACCUUCGGUGGAAUUAUCAAGGAUGCUUGUCGUUUGAUCAUUUCAGGUUACAGUUCUCAAGAAGAUGACGAAGCUGCAUCUUCGAUGUGGAAUACCCUCGCGGCCUCUAUAAUUGGCAAUACUAUCUAUCCAAGCACAUGGGUGAAGUUGCAUAUGAUUCUCCAUCUCAAUCUUACUGCGUCUUCGCCUUACUCCAUGACCUUGCUGGCAUUAUGCCAGCCGAAUGUCCCUUUCCUUCGUACCCCAGCAAAGAUAUGGCAACAAGCUCGCACCUUGAAGGAUAUCACUCCAGCCUUAGCCGCUGUUCUCGCAUUGCCACUUGAAGAAGCGAUCGAUUCUCUUUCACUUUCCCCAUCGACUUCUACGCCAAUCUCCGCUAUCGCCGAACAAGUUGCCCUCGUGCAUUUAAACGAUCUUUACUCUAGACUCUUCAUCCAUCUUGUGGAUCAUUCCACUCAUCAUCCUACAACAGCACCAAUAUCACUCUCCACUCUCAGAGCCAAGCUUCAAUUUGAUGAUCUCGGUCGUAAACUCCGUUCAUCGACUUUUGACAAAGAAAUGCGCAAUGUGAUCAAUACCAUCCCAAAAGGUAGUGCUUCACACGCUCUCGGUCUCGUACUCAUUGGUCUUUGGGGUAUUUUCACCGGACCCGCUCCUGAAUCCCAAGCUGCUCUCGCUAGCGCUUUAGCGGGAGAAGAGAUCCAAGGUGCUGGCACUCAACUUUCAUCAGUAUCAGCAAUGUUAGAUCUUCUUUAUCCCGGUUCAUCCGAUCAUCUCCCACAGAUCGAUCAAACCCUCAAUAUGACAAUCCCAAGAAACGCAUUGGCCAUUGAUAAACUCGCAAUGGUAUGUAUAGAUUACAUUCGUUUAUUGCUUUCCUCCACGGAGAUCAACGAUGAGAGUAUGACUCGAUUGCAGAGGUUGGAAGCGAGUAACAAGGUUCAUAAAGCCACGUCUAGCUUGAGAAUGUUGUUGACUCAAACUGAAUUCGUGGGAAUUGAAUCGCGUCUGGAACGAGAAAAUAAAUUGGUGGAAGGGGAUGGUGAGAGUACGUCAGGAAGUGAUGUUCUGAGUGAUAGUGUGAUGGAUGAUGAGAGUGAGGGAAGUGAGAUGGGGAGGGAGGAUUGUGUCGGGUUGAAUCAAGCGAAAGAGAGAUUAGUAGGCGUGCUUUGUAUUUUAGGAAGACGAGCAGCUAGGAGAGCAACGGGAAGAGAUGAGGAUUCAGGUUUGGAAGGAGAUUUGGAUGAACUUUAGAAAAUGGCUUGAUUCCGUGUAUGGAUAUUGAAGGUGUAAGUUUUGUGAUGAUGCAUGUGGAUUGAUCAGU